GGCCUUCCCACCAUCGCGCGUGCGUGUUCCGUGCAGGAUGCUGGAUUGUAAGCGAUGAUGGCGGAAGAGGAGCUACGUUGAGUUUUUUGAGUUUUUAUUAUUACAAUACAAGACUCCUCAUUAAAUAUCGUCACUGCCCUCCGUUUCGCAUCCCGAAAUCAUGGGGAACGAAGGAAGCGUGGAAGGAGAGGGCCAGCCGGGGCAACCGGGCUCCGCUGCUCCUACAGCGGGGGCUCCGGGUUCUAUUUCAGCACCGGCGGGCGCUGGACAGCUCAUCAAGCCCAGCAAUGGUGCGCCAGUCGGUGGCACCGGUAGCGGACCCGGCCUGGGGAUUAACAGUGUUGGUGCAGGGCCUAAACCAGGAGCCCCAGCUCCAGUGGGGCCAGGGCCUGGGGCCCCCCAGCAGGCCCCUGCACAGACUGCCACCCCCGACCAGGGACACGUAGCCCGAAAGACUCUCCAGGUGGACGUGGGCAGCAGUAAGACAGGACGCUCUCCGUCCCCUGACCGAAGCAGCGCCCCGACUUCACCGUACUCUGUGCCCCAGAUCGCACCCAUGCCCAGCAGCAAACUGUGCCCUGUCUGCAAGACCGCCGACCUGACGAACCCCACGACCGGCAAGCCGCACGGCAACACCUGCACACAGUGCAACUCUCUGGUCUGCAGCCAAUGUGGAUUCAACCCCAACCCUCAUCUCACAGAGGUUCAAGAGUGGCUGUGUCUGAACUGCCAGAUGCAGAGGGCUUUGGGAAUGGACAUGACCACGCCGCGCUCCAAGAGCCAGCAGCAGAUCCACUCUCCUUCCCACCAAGCCAAACCUGAGCCCCAGCCUGGGCCUCCAGCCACAGCCACGGCCCCUGCCCAGCCCCAGCCUCCCCCAGCCCAGUCACAAUCCCAGGCCCAGCCUGCGGCCCAGCCAGCGGCCCAUCCACCCCCCGGCCCCAAACAGACUGGCCCUGCCCAGAAGACUGGCCCUGCUCAGCAGACUGGCCCUGCCCAGCAGACUGGCCCUGCCCAGCAGACUGGCCCACCACCCCAGAGAAAGCUCCCAGCUCCCGGAGCAGUCGCUCUUCCAGGUAUGACCAAAGCCCCAUCCCAGCCAGACCUCUCCCGCCAGGGUCCCUCUCCACAGGGCAUCCCGGCCCGGCAGGACCAGACCCGCAGCGCUGGGAGCUCUCCGUCCCGCCAGCCCCCACCCCCUGAGCAGCCAUUCGGGAAGCUCUUUGGCUUUGGUGCCUCCCUCCUCAACCAGGCCACCAAAGUUAUUACCAUGGACCCCACUCAAGGAGGGCCUGUUCCUCCUCAGCAGCAGCAGCAGCCGCAGCAGCAGCAGCAGCAGCAGCCUCCUGCCAAAGGCCCUCUGAAACAGGGGCCUGCUGGGAAACCAGUGGGGCAGCAAGCACCUCCUGGCCAGCAGCAGCAGCAGCAGCAGCAGCAGCAGCAGCAGCAGCAGAGACCCCCAGACCCCACAGCCAAGCCCAAGGUUAACUGUCCCCUCUGUAAGACGGACCUGAACGUGGGGAACACGGCUGAGCCUCCUAACUACAACAUCUGCACCCAGUGCAAGACCCAGGUGUGCAACCUGUGUGGAUUCAACCCAACACCUCAUAUGACGGAGAAAAAAGAAUGGCUCUGUCUGACCUGUCAGACUCAGAGAGCCAUGUCUGGAGCCUUGGGAGAACCUCCCACCCCUGUCCCUCAGCCAAUGGGAUCCCCAAGGCACCCAGGUCCAACCAAUCAGCAGCAGGCACGAGGACCCAGUCAUCAAGCAGGAAUAAGGCCCACAGGCCCCCAACAGCAACAACAUAAACCCCCUGGUGCCCAAGUAAGUGGAUCUCUCCCGCUGGCAAAGCAGGUGGCCUCCCUAAGUAAGGCUCCGGCUCAACCACAACCCAGCAAACCUGCACCUGGCCACCCUUCACCAAAGGGUACUGAGACCCGAAAGCAACAACAACCAAGUGUAAAACCGAAAGUAGAGAAAGAAGGUGUUAAAGUUUCUCUUAAGAAGGGAGCUGCAGAUGUCCCCAACAUAAUGCAAGAACAAAAGAAAAACAGUGACAUGCAGAAGUCUAAACACCAUGACGACUCAAACAAAUCAAGUACACAGAGCCUGAGUGAUACAGGGUACUCAUCAGAUGGCAUCUCUAGCUCCCAGAGUGAAAUCACUGGACUGAUUCAGGAGGAAGGGGUGAAGCUGAAUGAAAGGGGGCAGCCUAUCAAUCAGGGCAGCCCCCCGAGCCCCUCAGAACUCACCAAGCUAGAGAGCUCCAUGAGGCCCCUUUUAGAGUCAAAAACCACCACAGAGCAGAGCAGAGCACAGGAUAUUAGGGACAGAGAACACCAGAGGCCUGGCUCCCUAACCAUUUCAAAAGAGCAGCGCUAUGAUUCUGACGAAGCUCGUGAGGCAUCUUCAGAUGAACUCAGCUGCAAACUGCGCCAUGACUAUGUAGAGGACAGUAGUGAGAGUGGAAUUUCCCCAUUGCCGGCUCGGCAGAAGAAAUCACAGAAAGAAAUGACUGACGAGGAAUUCAUGAGGAGGCAAAUAAUGGAAAUGAGUGCAGAUGAGGAAGAGACAGGGGAAGAUGAAGGCUAUGGUCAUAAAAAAACGAAAAAGAGUCAGAAACAAGCAGCAGAAGACAAGCGACGACUCACUCAACAUUCCAGCAGUUUCGAGGAGGACACCAAAGGUGGUGAUGGUGCCUACAAAGGGGAAAACAGUGAUGGUGUUGUGGCUGGAGGUUUAAGACGUUUCAAGACCAUUGAGCUGAACAACACCAAUAGCUACAACCGUGACAUUGAGCUGAACACAGAACAUGAUCUCAGGGAGCCAGAACUUGAGAUGGAAAGCCUGACAGGGUCACCUGAGGAGCGGUCGAGAGGAGAAUAUUCCUCAACUCUGCCAGCCACUACUCCCAGCUAUACCUCAGGCACCUCUCCCACAUCUGUGUCUUCUAUGGAAGAUGAUAGUGAUAGCAGUCCUAGCAGAAGGCAAAGGUUAGAGGAGGCCAAACAGCAGAGAAAAGCACGGCAUCGCUCCCAUGGCCCGCUUUUGCCUACCAUUGAGGACUCAUCUGAGGAAGAUGAGUUGAGGGAAGAGGAAGAACUCCUGAUGGAGCAAGAGAAAAUGAGGGACUUAGAGCAGCAGAGGAUUCGCAGCACUGCUAGGAAAACCAAACGCGAUAAGGAAGAGCUCAGAGCACAGAGACGGAGAGAGAGGUCCAAAACACCCCCUAGUAAUCUUUCUCCCAUUGAGGAUGCUUCCCCAACAGAAGAGUUGAGGCAAGCAGCUGAGAUGGAGGAGCUUCACAGGUCAUCCUGCUCUGAAUACUCUCCCUCCAUGGAUUCCGAGGCAGAGGGUUUUGAGGUGGGGGGUACAAAGAUCUACAAGUCUGGCAACCUGCCCACAUUCAUGUCUCUCUAUUCUCCCACAGAACAACCCUCUGCAACAUCACCGUCUGCAACAGAUAAAUCACUGAAAAGUGCUGAGGAGGUUUAUGAGGAAAUGAUGAGGAAGGCAGAGAUGAUUCAGAAACAACAACAUAUGCAGCCAGGAAGGCAAGGCCAACAACCAGUUAAUGUAGCCCAGCAACCUAGCAAUGUUCAGAGGCAACAGCAAGGAUCACCUCAGUUAAGCAGAGACAAACAACAUCUAGAUACUGAAAAAACUGUUUUGACACCAGGCUCAAGUCCUACCCAGAUCUCAGCUCCCGUAUCACUGCGUGACCCAAGUGGUACUGGACGAGGGGCCCCUGGAGUACAAGCAGCUCAGCAGUAUUCAGGCCAGCAGUCCAGAGGUUCACCAACAACUGGUGUCCCUACAACAGGCCCUCAGUCCAAUGUUCGGCAGCCAGGGGUGGUUGCUGGUAUGACGGGUAGAAUAACGGAUAUGACACAGGCCUAUGCUGGCCAGAGAGAUCCCAGAACUCCUAGUCAGGGAACACCCCAAGGCCCAGCGCCUGAUGCUGGUGGAUCCACUCUGUCAUCAAAGGUUUUUUCGUAUUUUAAAGGCCCCAGUCCUCCAGUGUCCCCUUCUGCUUCACCUUCACAGAGUCCCGCUCGUUCUCCUGUGCCCACUACUCACGGUGGCCCUACCACUACAGCACCACCACAGGGGUCCCACAUACCACAACGAGCCGCAGCUCCACGCCUCUCAAGACAACAGUCCUCCCAAGAUUCACCAGUCAAGACUCCUGAACCCACCAGCCCGGCAAGACCAAUGACAGUAAACUCCUCUACCUCUCCUCUGUCCUCACCAACAAGACGUCACCUGCCAACAGUUCCAUCACAGACUCCAGCAUCAAGUUCUCCAACAUCCCCACAGUCCCACCCUACUUACCACUCUCAAUCUGGUUUACAAAGAGCCCAAACUGCAGAAAGGGUUAAUGUUGGCAUGAGCACAGUAACCACUACAACUUCUUAUAGCCGCAGCUCUAUGCCUACGGAAAGCAUAUCACUUUGUCGAAUCUCUACUGUCCCAGGAACCUCAAGGGUGGUAGAGCAGAGUCAAAUGCAGACAGGUGGUAAUGUGGUUGACCUAAGAACUCCCAUGAAGCCUACUCCAAUCAUCAUGACAGAUCAGGGCAUGGACCUAACAUCCCUGGCAACAGAUACAAGAAGAUAUUCCUUUGGUUCAGAGACCCCCACUCGCCACACUGCAGUUAACCCUUUGAUAAUGAAUCUGAAUUCACAGGAGCAGAGUCAUGUAACAUCGACAACCCCAACAACAGUAAGUGUGACAGUAGCAGCUUCCAUGUUCAUAUCUCAGCCAAAGCAACCGGUGGUAUAUGGAGACCCCCUUCAGAAUCGUGUAGACCUUGGGCAAGGGGUUGGAUCUGCUGUUUGUCUGACUCAGACCAAAACACCAAUCAACGACCCAGCCAUCCCCAAAAUUGAUGCCUGUUUGGAAGACCUAGGCAUCCAGCAAGAAGAGUUACAUAGGCAACAACAGAAACUACAACAUCAACAGCAGCUCCUUGAACAGCAGCUGCAGCAACAUCAGCAUGCAUCAUCUUUUGCUCGUUACAACUUGGCAAAUCAAGUCCAGCCAAUAUUAUUAAAGAAAGACCUGAUGGUGAGCCAGGCCAACAGUGGAAAUGUGGUUAUUGUCAGUGCCAUCCCCAGAGUGUCUCCUCUUCCUCCACAGCCCUCACCUGGUUCUGGCUCUGCCUCGCCUACGCUUCCACAUGAUAUAUAUGGAGGGGUAGCAUUGGAACUGAAAAACAAGCCAACGGUUGUGAAUCUCUCAACAGGUAAGCCCCAUGUUAUGAUGGUGCAACUAGAUGAAGGUAAUGCUUCCCAAGGGUCCACAGUGACACAACUUGUGAAACAAGAAGAGCGCCCUCCACCACCACCACCACCUGAAGUUCUUGAUCUCACUGGUUCACAAAUAAAAACAGAAAACCAGGUUGCUUGCUGUGAUGUUGUAUAUAAGCUGCCAUUUGCUGGAGGUUGCUCAGGUUCUUUUGGUCAGAGGCCCCAGGUAGGAUCCACAGACCAAAAUCCCACUGGUGAACUUUCUCAAGCAUCCCACCCUGUUCCAUCCCAACACUCAGCUCCUGAACAGCAUUCUCAGCCAGGGAAAGACGCCUUUCAGCCUGCUGGUGUGCAUGGGCCAACUACUGAACAGCAGAAACAAUACUCCUUACCACCUCCUGGUCGCCUUCAGCCAUCAAUGUCAGACACUAACUUGGCAGAUGCAGGACUUCAGUUCUAUCAAAGGGCUGAUCCAGGUGAUCUUGCUGUAGAUUUGACCACCAUGAAGCAGGCAUAUGAGCAGGGGUAUGUGGGUAUGGGAGCACAGUAUGGGUCCUAUACAGACCUACGGCACCAAGGAGAUGUUGCUGGUCCACCCUUACCCCUGAGAAGGUAUGGCUCUAUGUCCAAUAUCAAUGCAGACUAUGGCUUGUCUUCUCGUGACAUGGCUGGCUUUCAAGAAUCCAACCUAGCUCAGUACAGUGCCACCACAGCCAGGGAGAUCGGUAGGAUGUGUGCUGCUCUUAACACCAUAGAUCAAUUUGGUGGCCGUUAUGCCAAUCCUGAACUUCUCCAGUAUGCUGCUAGAACAGGAGGAGGCCCAGUAGGAAGACUCAACCUUCAACAAGGUUUGGCAUCUAUCAGGGCCAAUCUCUUGUAUGGUCUUGAUGGUAGGCCCACUGUCCAAGGUCAAGCACUUACCAACCUUAUCAAUGCCAGACAAGCAAGCCUAAGGGCACUAUAUCCAUCUGCCAUGAGGGGACCUGAUGGCAUGACAUAUUCCACUAUCAAUACCCCAAUAGCCUCCACGUUGCCAAUCACUACCCAGCCUUCCUCUGUUAUACAACCCAUGGUACGAGGAGUGUAUAGACCAUAUCCUCCAAGCAAUGUGACUGCUGUACCCUUGGCUAGCCUCACCAGGUUGCCUCAUGUGACUCCAAGGAUGCCUCUGUCUUCACAAGGUCCUUAUAGAUAUCCAACAACAAAUCAUUACCCAACAACAGUCCCUCCUCCUGUAAGCAUCCCACAGCCAAGCACAUCCCCUCAACACGCACCUAUGUACCUUGGAAAGCCUUCAGUGGCUGGGCCUGUGAACACUGCCUCUACAGUUCCCGCUACCCAGCCUGUCACACAUUUGACAUACACCAGUGGAAUGUCAGCCCAAUCUGCUGUGCCACCCAUUAACCAGCUGGUUCCCCCAUCUAACUUCCCAUCUGAGAUUCCUCCAGCACGACCUCAAGUACAGUCUCAAGGUUCUCAGCAAUUACCAUCACAAGUCCAAUCUCAAAUGGUCAGCCAGGUACAAGGUCAAGACCUCUCUCAGAUUCAACAAACCCAGGCAUUAGGACAGACACAGCCAGAAUCUAUCUCGCAAGUGUUGCCAGACACAGUGUCAAACACCACCAUCACCACUAGUGGUAACGCUGAGAAAGACAAGGAAGAUGACCGCAUGAAACAGCAACAGGACCAAAUGUUGAAUUUAGAGAGAGAGCGCAUUGAGCUGGAGAAGCUUAGACAGUUGCGGUUGCAGGAGGAGCUUGAGAGGGAUCGCCUUCAGAUUCAGCGUCACAGAGAGAAUGAGCAACUACUUGUGCAACGGGAGAUCCACGAACUGCAAAGCCUGAAGCACCAUGUUCUACAGCAGCAACAAGUGGAGAGGGAAACACAGCUAGUCAUGCAAAGGGAGCAGUUGGCCCAACAGCGAUUCCAGCUGGACCAGAUCCAGUCCUUACAGCAGCAGCUGCAGCAGCAACUGGAGGAACAGAAGAGGCAGAAAACAGUGGCAGUAGAGACCGCGGCAGUAGCAGCAGCUGAAGCCGCCGCAGCAUCCGCUGCAGCUGCAGCUGCAGCCACCACUGCUCAAGGAGCCAUACAAGGUGUGAUGGUUGGUGGAAGGAUGAUCAGUCAAGAUGGACAGAGUGUACAGUUUUGGCAGCCCUACAUGGAUGGCCAGGCAGUGCAAGCUGUGAUUGCCUCAAGGUCCAUUCCGAGCUCUGCCUCCGAGAUGUCUCUGAAGAACACUGAGGAUGCUGGGGAUGGAAAGGUGAUGAGGAAGCAGAAUUCCAUGCCACGUCUAAGAGAUGGCUCAGAGGAGGAACCUGUCAAGAGAAUUACUGACUGCAGCGUUCAAACAGAUGAUGAGGACACUGAAGACAGGUAUAUGGGGAGACGUAGGAGAACCAGACGCAAUGUCGACUGUAGUGUUCAGACAGAUGAGGAGGACCAGGCAGAGUUGGAGCAACCUGUCAGACGCAGGAGGUCACGGUUCACCAAGCACUCUGAGUCAAGCACAGAAAACAAGGGUGAUGCCACAUCUAAAGUCACCUCAAGCAUUGCCAGCCAAACAGUCAAUGACUCCUCAUGCCAGACUGAGCCCGACCAGCUGGGCAGAGUCUCACCUGCAAUUCACAUAACCAUGGCUGAGGCAUCAAAGGUGGAGCUUUUACACUACAUCUCUGCCCCAGAGAGGACUCAGAAAGGAGAGAGCCUGGCCUGCCAAACUGAUCCUGAAGCCCACUCCCAGGGUGUGGUGGCACCGCAGCUAAGUGUUCCCACUACUGUCAGCCCAUAUACUACUAGCCUGCAAAUGGUUGGUUCCACCCAAUCCAAAUUUGAAAGGAGAAAACCAGACCCAUUGGACAUUAGCUACCAGCAGCAAACCCAGCAGCAAAAUGAGUCCGCAUCCCGCCAGCCUCCAAAGUCCCCGCAGGUGCUAUACUCUCCUGUGUCCCCACUGUCUCCACAUCGCAUGCUGGAGACCACCUUUGCUUCCAGCGAGAAACUCAAUAAAGCCCAUGUAACACCACAGCAGAAAGCCUUCACUGCUGAGUCCCCUCAGAAGCACCAGUCUCUCCCAAGGCCUAUAAAGAGUGUGCAGCGCUCCAUGUCAGACCCCAAGCCCCUCAGCCCCACUUCAGAAGACCCCUCCAAGACCAGGUUCUCCAUGUAUUCAAACCAAACUCUCCCCAGCAGUCAGAUGGCUACCCUGCAGCAGCAGCAGCAGAAUUUGCUGAUGAGGAAGGUGAAGAGAACUCUUCCCAGCCCUCCGCCAGAUGAGCCACCACUCCCUAUAGUCACCCCUGCCAUGCCCCAGAUGUACACCUCUCCAGGCAUGCCUCAACGGGUGCUGCCAAGGCCAGCCCAAAGUGUCACAAAGGCAGGACUUCUGCACGAGCUGAAAGCUGUGGAGCAGGAGUCCACCAAGCUCCGCAAGCAGCAGAUCGAGCUUGAGGAGGAGGAGAAGGAGAUUGAUGCCAAGCUGAGGUAUUUAGAACUAGGCAUCACCCAGCGUAAAGAGACGCGGGUCAAAGAGAGAGAGAGGAGAGAAGCCUACUUAAGAUCCAUGGGAGAUGUGCGAGACUACAUGUCUGACAGCGAGCUCAACAGCCUUCAGCUCAGUAAUCUUGCGGCUAUGUCCGCAGCCUAUGAAGGCAACGGGCUCCUGACUCGACCCAGCACUGCACCAAUGAACCAGUUCCCCAGUGACCUGAGUGCACCUUCUCAGUAUCCCCCAACGUCCUCCUUUGGGACAUUCCCCUACCCACAAAGCCAAUCUAUAGCCUCACAGCAACCCGCUACAGCAUAUCAUCAGAUUGGCUUCCAGCCUCCACAAUACCCUGCAGCCUCACAGCCUCAGCCCGGGACCUUCCAGCCCCAUCCUCAACCCUCAACUUACCAGGCCCCGGGGUCUUUCCCCUCCCACAGCUAUGGCCAGCCCUCCUAUCAGACAGAUAUGCCAAGCCACUCAGGUUUCCAGCCUCCACCAGGUUCCUCCCAGACUCUGCCCUACCCAAGCCAGGGCAUGUCUUUCCAACCCACUGCAGAGAUACUCACUGUUCACCAAAGACCACGACAGACCUCACUGGCCGACCUAGAGCAGAAACUACCAACCAACUAUGAGGUCAUUAGCAAUUCUGCUGUUCCUGUGGCCACCACAGUUCAGGACACUGGCUUCAGUGGUGCUUAUGUGUCUACAACCAUGUCCAACACCUAUGGGCAGUACAGGACCCCUGAGCAGAGCCUUUCCGAUCGUAUACCAAGCCCAACAUCUGCGUAUGGAACUGACGGUCUCUACACUACCAACCUGGAACAGAACAUCCCCAGAAACUAUGUCAUGUGUGAUGAUAUCAGUGAACUGACAAAAGAAAACAUGGGGCCCCCUGUUGACAGUCUUGGGCAUCCUACGACUGGUCGUUAUGGCAGUGAGAAUGGUCCAUCUGCACGGGGAAGUGGUUAUGGUGAGGAGUAUGAUGAUCCCUAUGGUAGGCCCAAGGGCAACACUGGAUACCAUCAGCAAGGUGCAGUGGACAGCCAUGGCAGGCCAAACACCACUUCAAGUUCGUCCUAUUACUAUGAUGAUUAUAAUAAACACUCUUCCAGUCGUGCUGCGGGAUCUCAGAGGCACCCAACCAAGAGUUUGGGCCCAGCUGUUGUGUCCUCCAAGCGCAGCAAGCACAGGAAGCAAGGAAUGGAACAAAAGGUCUCCAAAUUUUCGCCAAUUGAAGAAGCAAGGGAUGUGGAGUCUGAUCUUGCCUCCUAUCCUAUGACCACCACAUCUGGUAGCAGUGGUACAGGAAGAAACAAAAAGCUCCAGGAAGACUCUUAUGGUUUCAAAAAGAGUGUAUAUGAUGAUCAAAAAUAUUAUGGCUCCAGCCGUGAAGCCCUGGAAGAAGAGGAUCGUAUGUAUGGCUCAGGGAGAUCCAGAUCUACAGGUUAUGGCAUGGACAAGAUCUCUUCCCGUGACUCGAGUGGCUACAGGAGCAAGUCAUAUGAGAGAGACAUGAUGGAACGCAGCCAGAGGGGCACAAGUCGUAGCGGGCGCGCCUCCAUGCGCACCCAAAACUCAGAGGAGGAGAGUCCACUCAGUCCUGUUGGAAAACCAAUGGGCAUUGGGCGAGGCACGGUUGGGGUUGAUCCACAUGAUGCGAGGAACCAAUAUGGCUCCACCCACUCCUUACCAGAUGUGCAGGACCACCACAUGAAGGACAUGCCAAAGAGCCAUGUCUACAAACCAGAAGACCCUUACCUUGUAGAUGACUCGCACUGUGCUGUUUCUGACAGUGAAGCCUAUCAUUUGGGUCAGGAAGAGACAGACUGGUUUGAGAAACCACGAGAGGCUCGGAAUAGUCGCUCCCGUCAUCAUGAAGGAGGAAGCCACACUUCUUCAGGCCGCAGGAGCAAUGUGAAGCACACCUAUCACGACUAUGAUGAGCCCCCUGAGGAGGACUUGUGGCCUCAGGACGAGUAUGGACAACCAAGGCAACCUUCAUCCACAUCGUCACGGGAACAACGUCACCAUGGCAGUAGCAGUACUGGAAGGCACUCAUCCCGGCAUUCCUCUGAAGAACCCCGUUCCUCCCGUUCCUCGCGGUCUCACCCUAAGGAUCCAUCUGCUCGAUCUGGAGAAGGCCGUGGAACAUCUGGAUCGCAGAGGAGAGGUGAGUCCCGAUCUUCACAGGGUGGCUACCGAGACUCUGAGCAUGCCAGAGACCCUGGAAACCACCACAGCUCUGGGGGUCAAAGGGGGCAGCGACAGCCUGGCUCGUCCCGAAGACAGGAUCCAGAUUCUAGGCAACCGCAGCAGGGUCCUGCAGGUCAACCGACUCCGCAGCAAGGGCAGCAGCGCUCCACCACAGGAGAGCUGCAGCCAGGAAGACAGCCAGGGAGUCAGCCACCUGAAGCUGGCCAGCACCCAGGAAGACAGCCAGGGAGUCAGCCACCCGAUGCUGGCCAGCACCCAGGAAGACAACCAGGGAGUCAGCCACCCGAUGCUGGCCAGCACCCAGGAAGACAACCAGGGAGUCAGCCACCCGAUGCUGGCCAGCACCCAGGAAGACAACCAGGGAGUCAGCCACUCGAUGCUGGCCAGCACCCAGGCCAGCAGUCACGCGGUCAGCAGCAGCAGCAACAGCAACAGCAGCAGCACCCGCAGCAGCACCCGCAGCAGCACCCGCAGCAGCAACAGCAACACCACCAUGCUGGUCAGCAGCAGCAGCAACAGCCAACCACAGCGGAUGCUCCAACCACACCAGCAGCCACAGCAAUGACAGCCACUGCUCAGCAGCAAGCCAGACCUGGCCAGGCUGCGGCACAAGGACAACCCCAGCAAGCAGGACCAACAGCAGGCCAAGCACCAGCAGGCCAACCACCUGCAGCGACAAGGCCAGCAGCCACUGCUACUCCUCCCCCUGCAACAGCUAUAGGGGCGAAAGCUGCUCCAGCACAGGCUGCCAAACCUCCCCUGAUUCCUGCAACUGGAAUAGGCUCGAAAGCAGCCCCCAGGCCUGGGGGGAUAGGGAGUGCAGCAGCCGGACAACCCCCUGUGGAGGGGGCUAACGUUCUCACCUCAAUGCUGCAGGGAGGGGCAGCAGAGCAGGCAGGAAAACUGGGAGAUGCUGUGUCUGCUCUGGGGAAGAAGUUCACCUCAUUUUGGUGAGCUGCUGAGAGGAAGGGCGAAGACAGAGAUAUAUGUGGAUUAGUACUGGAAAAAUGAAAUGAAACUGUUUUUAUCAUUUAAUAUUAUAUUACUGGGAAGGAGGAUACCUGAGUGAUUUUGGUUUAUGAGGUGGGAUUGGUCUGCCUGUCUGGGAGAGAUAGGAUCUGAAAUGAAAGGAUGCUUGGCUGUGGUUCAUUUGGGGAGACAGUUCCCAGUCUCCUUUCUUUUGUGUGAUGCCAGUGCUGUAGAAUUCUCACCAUGCAAAACAGUCCUGUCAAGGGAACAGAAGACAGAAUGGAUGCAUACACAGUGCCAUCUAUCCCGUAUGUAUGCGUGCAUUCAGACGAUCCAACUCACACAUUGUGAUCCAAUGUGAAAUGAGGUGCAUGUACAGACAUAUUGGCAUCCUGUUGAGCACAGGUAUAACCCACACAGGUGAAGACAGGCUACUGGAUGCAUGUUGUAAAUGUAAAGUUGUGGUUUUUGAGAAUCCUUCAUUACAGUUGCUCUGGUGUCCUGGUCCAAAUGGCCAGAGACAGGAGAGCAGUUCAUUCUUUUUUUUUCCAGUACUAAACAUGGAACUUGUUCAACAAUGAGAGAGCACUGUUGGAAGUGACCACGUUUCCUCUUGUAAAGGAAUGGACAGACUACAGCUCUUGACUAUUAUAAAUAAAUGUAAUGCUCGGUUUCUAAGAUCUUGACAUUCCACUAUGGCGAUGAUUAGCCCUCUUUUUUGAAUGUUUCUGUUUUACUUUUGAUUUACUUCUGCUCUUGUUCGUUUAUCCUUGACCUUGUCAUGUGUUUAUCGAAUGCAUUGUGUAAAAUGUGGACAUGGGAAUGCACGCACAAAUAUGACUAUAAUGAAAAUAUAUAAAUCCAUAUGUAUACCAACCCAUACCCAGCAUCUACUUCACAAGCUCCACGCAAGUCCCAGGGGCUAGACUGUGACACAUGGGGUAGAGUGCAACUAAAGACUCCGAUCAGACCAGGGAGGUGGUGUCAGAGUUUUGGCAUGGCCACUUCUGCCCCUCAGCCAUCACAAGAUGGUCCUAGAGCACUGGACGCCUGGGAUUGUUUUGUUUUUUUUGCUGUCCAUCUGCUAGUUUCAUAUCAUUUUGCCUAUUUUUUUUCUUUGAAAAUAAGAGCCUUAUUUGUAUUUGUGUUUUGUACUUGUAUACCUCACUUUUUUUUAAAGAAGCAAUUCAUACCAUCCUUACUCAAUUUAUUUUGCACAACUGUAUACUACUGUAAAUGUACAUAUCUAGAAAGAGCUGAUAUUGUAAAAUAUUAAUUUGUGUAUUUAUGGAUUUCUAUUUCUCGGAUUUUAUGGUUUGUUUAAUGUUUGGUAAUAUUAUUUAUAUUUUCAUGAUUUAAUUUCGUAAUUCUUCUGCAUUUUAAUCUUUUCUUUUCUUGUUGAUUUCUAUAAGCAAUAGCAUGCAGAACCAGUAUAGAGCACAAUGAAGUUAUUGUUGUUAAAAUAAGUGGUUGGGAAUCAGUGGUGUCUCUUGAUCUUCAUUCUAAGCAUAUUUGAGAUUAUUACACCCACACAAAUACACACACACACUCUCUCUCUCUUUUAGGAUUAUGGAUAAAGUUGCAUGCACUCAAACAUGCCCAUAUAAACAUGACAUAUGAAAAGAAACACUACACUCAAGGACACUCACAAUGAUAAAAUGAAGAGUGGAAAUCAAGUUUCAUUCCAGAUGUUCUAUGCAAUGAUUGAAGUAUACCGUGACGCCACAAUUACACACAACUGAAAUCAAUGACAUUGUGUUUCUGCAGAGUCCAAAAUGUGGAUAUGAACUGUGUGUUUAGCUAUCCGUAUGUAUGGUGUAUGACUUCCUGGAAAACAAUUCUAGACUUGUUUUUAUUUCAGUGGCAUGUUUAAUCCCUUCUCCGUUUUGCGGUGGGGAAACUCUGUUGCCAAAGGGUUAUCUGUGUUGACUUGUCAAUCAAUGACGUCCAUCAUCCUGUCGCUUUAAGCAUGGGUCCUGCUUGGCUACGCCUGGCUUGUUCUGCUUGUGCUCAGUCUGUCUGUCUAUGGGCUGGCAAAGCCCUACUAAGGCCAAGCGCUGGCUCAUGCACUGGUUAUGCGUCUUUGCCAAGCUCUUCGUUACAUUUCGUUGCAUCAGAAUAUUUCACAUGGAAACAUAUCAUUUGUGGUCGACCAUUACCCAAACCCAGCUAUAAACAGAGACAUACACACACAGACACCCCUCAAGGUGGACAAUCUAACAAAUACAGAAAGGCAAAGGAAAACGUCUCAAACACAGAGAUCAGCUAUCAAAUGUACUGAAUGUUUUAAACUCCCCACUACACCAUCAGCAUAUCUGAGAACUUAUCCAAAAAGUUCCAUGUCUUAUCAUAUCCCAUGCAUGUGACCAUACAUAUCACAGGUUUGCUCGAAUCCAUGGCAUCAUAGAUCUCACACCACUAGGCAGAGGAUCAGAACACAAGGCUGACAGCAGUGCUAUAUGUCAGGCUGAUCACCUGCUAGACAGUACACUAAGGAACAGGGAUUUGUGGAUCGAUUUCAUUUUUCUGUCAUACCAGAUUACACAAAUGAACAAAUAACAGGUCCCUGGAAUUUACAAACUCUCCAUAACCAGUGAAUGAGCCAAGGCCUCCAGAGCAGUUGUCUGUCUCGGCAAACAGACAGACAGGUACAAUCAGACAUAACCACAGUGAGACAGACAGACAGACACACACACACACACACACACAGACAUGCCCUCACUGUAAAUACAGACCUUUUUUGUACAGUGUUCAAUCUUCUGAGUAAAAAUGCUGGCCGUCUUGUGCAUCCCCAGGCUGGCUAAGCUGCCAACUUUUUUUGUGCUUUUGUGUAUAAGAGAUCAAUCUAAUGACAAAAUUAAGCAUAGUGUAUGUGGCUGACUGUCAAUGACUGUUUCCGACAGUGGAUUAAAAAACAGAAACAUAUUAACAUAUCUGGUCUGUGUAGGAUUUCUAUAAAUAUUGUGUUUGUACAAAACAAAACAAAACAAAACAAAAAAAAACAAAACAAAUGAAAACAAGAAACACUGAAGUGUCAAACAUGAUCCUGGCUUCCAUCGUUCCUGUUACAACAUUUUAGAGUGGAUAGAUGUUAAUCUGUUGAAACAAAAUUCUAAAUUUGAAGAAAAAAUCUGGGAAAAUACAAUCAAGGGAAAAAAAAAAAGAAAACUGCAUUCACUGUUGUAAGUGCAAUGGGCUAUAUGUCGGUCCAGUAUCCAUUGUGAAACCUUGUGUUCUUUUCAGUGUUUUCCUGUUAACAAGAUAGAAAAAAAAAUAUUUUGGUGCAUCAUGUCAUGUACUGUGAUAAUGAAUAAUGACCCUGCAAUUUUGUUUCCAAUCUGGAAAAGAAUAAAGAGAAAAAUGCAAA